AACGAUGUUCCGAAGGAGGCAAAAAAUCCUUGUGCCUCUCCUGCUCCUCCUCGUCUACUUUUUCCUGCGCCCUGCUAAGGACGUCAGAACUAGUCAAAAGCAAAUCAUCCAAGAGAUUCAGGGCCAAGGAGCGGCCGUGGAGGAGAGCGCAGAUCAAGACAUCGUUUUCGACGAGAUUAAUGCCGACUCUGCAGGGCGAGAAGAGGACGAAGGGCAGUUCCCUUUCAGGUUUCUCAUCGACGAGCCUCACUUCUGCGCCGAGGACCUUCUCGUCCUGAACAUGAUGCCGGUGAGCGUGGGCGACGCCGAGUCUCGGGCGCGGGUGAGGAGGAUGUGGGGCGCCAGGGACGUCGUGGCCUCGACCAGGCUCCGGCCUCUGUUCCUGGUGGGGGAGGCCCGUGAUGCCGAGCAGCAGCGCCGCCUUCAGGAGGAGAGCGACGAGUACCGCGACGUGAUCCAGGUGGGCUUCGUGGACUCGUACCUGAACCUGACGCUGAAGACCCUGUCGGCGCUGCACUGGAAGCACACGCGCUGCCGCCACGUCCCUUGGCUGCUCAAGAGCGACGCCGACGUCUUCGUGAGCCCUUGGGCCGUCUCGGAACUCCUUCAGAAAGCAACCGAGGACAUUGUCUGCCGCAUGCUGUACGCCCGAAUCGUGUGUCGACCCCACAACUGCAAAGACAAGAGAUGGAUCAUCCCGCCUGAACUAUAUCCCCACGACCACUACCCACCCUACUGCAACGGCCCGGUCUACGCCGUCAACCAGAAAUUCAUCCAGACGGUACUACCCGCCGCGUCCGUGAAAAACCCUUUCCCGAUGGAGGACGCCUACUUCACGGGCAUCCUCGUCCAGGGCACGAGUCUUCGCUACAAGGACAUCGCCAAACGCUGCCAGCUCUACCACCUGAAAGAGCCUCCCCACGACUCGAUUGCCAGCGGGAAUAUGCUCUUCGUUGUCAACCCAGAAGAGAAAAGCAGACGACGGUACACGCUCGAAGACCUCUGGAAGAGACUCAAGUCUUCGCAACUCUCACACAGGGCGCGGGGUUAAGUGUAGAAGGGCCCGAUAACCGGUUCUCUUCUGCUUCGUGUCGAAAUGGUUUUGAAAGAAACAGCAGAAGGAUUCUUUUCUUAUUGCUGAUGCAAAAUUACUGUUAUUACUAAGAGUAACAAUGAAAUAGUAGUGAUAACUACUUUGCUA